CUUAAUUAAAGUCUAAUUAAGCCUGAUUUACUUGUUAAAAACAGGAACAGUCUCUAGUUGUGUUAGAAGUUUCCAAGUUCAUUUUUACACUCACUAGCCAUCAACCAGUAGGGUUUGCUUCGCUCUAUCUCAAAUUAAUUGCACCUGCUUUUUCUUAGCUUUCCUGUUUCUACGAGUAAUCAUGUCGUUGAGACCCAGCACCAGAACCGAGGUUCGCCGGAACCGUUACAAGGUCGCUGUCGACGCCGAUGAAGGUCGGCGGAGGAGAGAGGACAACAUGGUGGAGAUCCGAAAAAGCAAGCGCGAAGAGAGCUUACAGAAGAAACGCCGCGAAGCCCUCCAGGCUCAGCAGUUCCCUCCCACUGUCCUUUCUUCUACUACGGAAAAGAAGUUAGAAAGUUUGCCUUCAAUGGUCGCUAGCGUUUGGUCUGAUGAUGGCAGCUUGCAGCUAGAAGCGACCACUCAGUUUCGAAAACUGCUAUCAAUCGAACGAAGUCCUCCUAUUGAGGAAGUUAUACAAUCCGGGGUUGUUCCUCGAUUUGUUGAGUUUCUUGUGAGGGACGAUUUCCCUCAACUUCAGUUUGAGGCUGCUUGGGCACUCACAAAUAUUGCUUCUGGAACCUCGGAGAACACUAGGGUGGUAAUUGAUCAUGGUGCAGUUCCAAUAUUUGUUAAGCUUCUUGCUUCUCCUAGUGAUGAUGUUCGGGAGCAGGCUGUGUGGGCAUUGGGAAAUGUUGCUGGUGACUCCCCAAAAUGUCGUGAUCUUGUUCUCAGCAAGGGAGCUUUGCUUCCUUUGUUGGCCCAGCUGAAUGAGCAUGCAAAGCUCUCAAUGUUGAGGAAUGCCACCUGGACACUAUCAAACUUCUGCAGGGGCAAGCCUCAGCCUCCAUUUGAACAGGUGAGGCCCGCACUUCCAGCACUUGAACGUCUUGUACAUUCAACUGAUGAAGAAGUUUUAACUGAUGCCUGUUGGGCACUUUCUUAUCUUUCUGAUGGUACAAAUGACAAAAUCCAAGCUGUGAUUGAGGCAGGUGUCUGUCCCCGACUUAUUGAGCUCCUCCUCCAUCCAUCUCCUUCAGUGCUUGUUCCUGCCCUUCGCACUGUUGGAAAUAUUGUGACUGGGGAUGAUAUCCAGACUCAGUGUAUAAUAAACAAUGGUGCACUGCCAUAUCUUGUAAGCCUAUUGACUCAUAAUCAUAAAAAGAUUAUUAAGAAAGAAGCUUGCUGGACCAUCUCAAAUAUUACAGCUGGAAACAGGGAACAAAUUCAGGCUGUAAUUGAGGCUGGUUUAAUUGGCCCCCUUUUUAAUUUGCUUCAAAAUGCUGAGUUUGAUAUAAAGAAAGAAGCUGCAUGGACAAUUUCAAACGCUACUUCUGGUGGUACUCAUGACCAAAUCAAGUACUUGGUGAGUCAAGGGUGCAUAAAACCAUUGUGUGAUCUCCUUGUCUGUCCUGAUCCAAGGAUUGUCACAGUAUGUCUUGAAGGAUUAGAGAACAUUCUGAAGGUUGGGGAAGCCGAAAAAAAUUUAGGGAACAGUGGAGAUUAUAAUAUGUAUGCCCAGAUGAUAGAUGAUGCUGAGGGAUUAGAAAAGAUUGAAAAUCUACAGAGUCAUGACAAUAAUGAGAUUUAUGAGAAGGCCGUGAAGAUUCUUGAGACUUACUGGUUAGAGGAAGAUGAUGAGACUUUACCUUCAGGUGAUGGUUCCCAGCAAGGAUUUCAGUUUGGUGGAAAUGAUCCCUCAGUUCCAUCUGGUGGAUUCAACUUUAGCUGAAGGGACCUAUAAAUGGCAUGGGCAGAUCACACUAUAGGUGGCAAAUAUGUUGGGUAGAGUACAGUCCGAGUCUCCAUCGCAGCACCUCCUGUCCAUUGUUGUUGUUAAAAGUGGUGCUAGACAGCCCAGUUAUUCUACAACUCCAUAGCUGUUGACUUGAAAUGGCCACAUUACCUAGACCAAAAAAUACUAUAUGAUGAUGUGAUAUGAAAGGCGUUCACAAAGGUUUAUUGUUUGCAUGAGUAUGGCCUUCUUACUUGAAUCACUGAAUGGGUGGGCUAAAGUGCUGGUGAAGGUAUAGUUGUGUGCAACAUGGGUCCUUGUUUUCAGAGUCUUGGUUGUAAUAGUAGUUUUACACCAUUAGUAUUCAUUUUAUCAUUGAUUCCGUGAAUAUAUUAAGCAUAAACCUCAUUUUCCUGAUGUAUUUCAAGUGAACAAAAAAUGAUUAUUGCUGUUCAUGUUUUGAUUCGAGAAGUGGCAGUCGAACACAUUGCAUGUUAAAAGAGUCUUCUUUAUUGGAAAGAAAAUUGGGAGUUUCAUUUCAUUGUCAUGUAGGCAGGAGUUAUCUUGCCAAACAAUUUAUAGAAUCUGUUGUCAGUGUCCUGAUUUA